GGAAGUUCCUGGCUAUUGCCUUACAACGCAGCAGACACUUGUGCCUCAUCUCAUCUUUCUACAGCCCUUCUUGUAGGUGGAGGAUACCUCGUGGUGUUGGACGUCCAAACAAAGUCAUUGCCAGGCCGAAAAGAGAGGUGACGCGAGCAAAGAUAUCAGCCAGGGAAGGGGCGCCCAAAGGCAACGAACAGAGGCACAAGGCUGUCACCUAAAGGGUGGAUGGAGACAGGCUUGGGCCCCACAGCCGCAGCAUGGGGCCAGCUGUCCUCCAUCAAUACCCCUGGGAGCACUGGGCUUGACUUCUCUGUCAGGAGCUCAAAUAGUGGACUCUUGGAUCUGCACUCACACCACUGGGGACCUAUUGUGUACCCUCAGUCUGAGGCAGCUGGAGAUGCAAGGAGUCAACAGAGAGUCAUGUCAAACGCGCCUGUAGGCCCCGAAGGGACCAGUGGCAGCGAGAACAUGGCAAACAGCAGCGAGCACAGCCAGAGAGUGUCGAGCUCGGAAGCACUGCUCUCGUCCUCGUCAGCAUCCAGCCUGGCGCUGCCGGGCGCAGCCGAGGGGCCCAUCCGCGGGGGCCCGGCUGAGAGCAGUGGCAGGGGGUGGGGGGACCUGUCGGGGGACAUGCAGCAGCGCCUGAGCCUUGGCCAGGGGCAGCAGCCCCGGCGCAGCUCCGACAGCUCUGCCAGCAUACCGCGCGCCUACAGCAACGAGCGGCUUGCACCAGAGCACAGGAGCAUCGGCGACCCACGGCUGCCCACAUACAGCUCGCAUGAGCGGCUGGAUCAGCUGCAUGGGUUGUCCGUGAGGCAGGCGUCCAGCUCGGACAUUGAGGGGCGCCGGCUGGACUCCUCGCCCAGCCUGCACAGGCGCGGCACCGGCAGCGGAACAGAGGAGGACAUCUUCAGCGCUGUGGGCGGCCUGGAGAUCGACGCAGACCACCGCAGCAGCAGCGUCAGCCAAAGUAUGGACAACAUGUCGCACGUCAGCAGCAGGAGCCACAUGUCGAUGGAGCCAGCAAUCGAGCGGGAGACUCGCACUCUGGUCGUCAAGGAUGUGAAUCCUGACGUGAGCGACGCAGAGUUCAAGCAGCUCUUCGAGCAAUAUGGAGACUUGCGCACCCUGUACACAGCCUGCAAGGAGCAAGGGUGGCUCAUGAUCAGCUACUGGAAUAUUAUUGCAGCCAAGCUUGCAAAGGUCAACCUAGACAGACAGGUCAUUCAUGGCAGGCAGUGUGGAGUCCAGUUUGCUCCCAACAAGGAGGCGAAGGAGCUCCAAGAAGGCAUGGUGACCCUGACGAACCACAACCCAGAUCUGACCGAUCAGGACAUCUGCCGGAUGCUCCAAGCAGAGUACGGGGAAGUGUACAGCAUCAUGACCCCUCCCGACAACCUGCACAAGCGCCACAUCGAGUUCUGCGAUGUGCGCCACGCCCAAGCUGCAAAGCAGGCGCUGGAGGGCAUCGCUGCGAAGAUCCCCACCAUCAGCGAGCAAGGGACAGUGGGGGGGGAUGCACCGAGCGGCAUGCGCAACGUGCAGUCCACGCAUACCUUCUUUCCGCAGGCCGGCCCGGCCGCGGCGCCAUCAGUGCAGCAGGACAUGCGGCCGCACUCCUGGGACAACUCUGGCGCCCAGCUCAACAACAUGGCCAUGCAGUCCCAGAUGCUGCACCAGCUCAGCCCCCAGCUGCUUGCAUCCCUGAGCUCGCAGGGCCUUUUCAACCAGCAGGGUGGCAUGACCCAGAAUGGAAGCAGCGGCAACCUUGCCGGCCUGCAGGCUGAUGUGGACAAUCUCAUGCGCGCAAACUACCUGGACUCUGCGCAAGGAAACAACGCUGCAAUGCAGGUCCAGGCGCUGCUGAGUGGCUCCACCAACAGCCUGAGCGGCCUCCAGGGGGGCAGCCACCAAAACUUGGCAGGCGUGUCCGGCAGGGGCAUGGGGCCGGGCCCCAACAGCAGUCCCCUGCGCAGUGGGCCCAGCGUCAACAUGGACGGCCCCUCCGCCCUCCUCUCUGGGGGCAGCCAGCACCUGUCGGCCUCCCAGCUUUUCUCCCUGGGGUCGGGCAAUCAGCAGGUGCAGAACCCGGACCAGGGCGACAACUUCAGCCGCCGCAAUGCGUCCAUGUCUACUGGCAACCUGGCUGAUCUGUACAACCAGCCUGGCCUGAUCAACAAUGGCAUGCAGGGAGGGCUGCGCGGCGUUGCCUCCACCUCCAAUAUCUGGGACGGCCAGGGUGAUGGGGGCGGCUGGGGAGGGCUGUCGAGCAACCCUAGCCAGGCAGCGAUGCAGGCGCAGGCUCUGGCUGCGCUGCAGCUGCAGCUGGCGGGCGGCUUGGACCAGGGCGCGGGGCCCUUCAAUCCCGGCGCGCCCACCUCGCUCACCGCCUUUGCGCAGCAGCACCUGCUCCAGCAGCAGCUGCAGAACCUCAGCCUCCAGACCAAUCUCAGCCUGCAGCAGAACACCGCCGCCCUCCUGGCCAAGGUACAGCAGCAGGCUGGAGCACUGAGGGGACUGGCGGCGUCGGGCCAUGCGCGAAAGGGCAGCCGGGAUGAUCUGGCGGGCGGCCGCCUCAGCCGGCGCGUGCAGGACCCGGCCGCCGAAGCCGAGCGCAAGGCCGCUCAGGAGAAGAUGUACUCCCUCGACAUGGACAAGGUCGCCAAAGGUGAGGACAAGCGGACGACGUUGAUGAUAAAGAAUAUCCCCAACAAGUACACGCAGAAGAUGCUGCUGGCCACCAUCGACGAGGACUUCAGGGGCCAGUACGACUUCUUCUACCUGCCCAUCGACUUCAAGAACAAGUGCAAUGUCGGCUACGCCUUCAUCAACAUGAUCCUGCCAGAGUACAUUCCGGCGCUGUUCCACCGGUUCCAUGCUAAGAAGUGGGAGAAGUUCAACAGCGAGAAGGUGUGCCACAUCAGCUACGCGCGCAUCCAGGGCAAGAGCAGCCUGGUGACGCACUUCCAGAACAGCAGCCUGCUGCACGAGGACAAGCGAUGCCGCCCCAUUAUCUUCCGCACUGACGGCAAUGUCGCCGGCGAGCAGGAGCCCUUCCCCGCAGGGCCCAAUGUGCGGUCGAGGCCGGCGCGGCCGGGCAGUGCAGGCGCGGGGCUCAACACCCUGGCAGCCUCUCCCAGUCUGGGCGCUCUGCCAGGCAGCAACAUGGCUGUGCCCAGGCACAUGCCAGGCCCCGGGUGGUGA